UGUAUUCCCUGCUACCCUUUUUUCGUGUUAAUUUAAUAUUAUUCUGUAAUACUCUGUUUUCUUCUGUCUUGAGAGUUUAUUGUAAAAUAAAAAUGGAUCAAUAGAAUUUCCAACGAUACAUUUUUUUUCUCUUUUCUCUUUUCUUAUGGUGUGCAUCACGUGACAACGUGCACGACGGGAGGAAGCAUUCUUUAGGUUUUCAGGUAGAGAGUUCAGAGAAGAGUGGACAAAGCAUGAACAACGUUCGUAGCAUUCACAUCGAACACGUGUUAUGCGUAUUGAAAUUUUUAAUAAUUAUACGCGAAUAAUUUGUUGCAGUUACUUCGAUUUAUAUAAUUUUCUAUAGUGAUCUUUCUCGAAUUUUUGUCAUAAUGGCAACGAUAACAUCCUUACCAGAGGAAUUGAUACCCAUCAUUCUCAGCUACAAGGAUAUCACCAUCGAGGAUAUCAAUAAUUUCCGAUGCGUCUGCCAACAAUUUCGUUAUGCAGCCAGCUAUUCAAAGUAUAUGGAAAAGAAAUUUUCUCAAAGAUGGCCUUUUUUAAAAAAAUAUGUUGACAUAUUGUCUAUAACUGAAGAUCAUGAAGAAUACAAAUCUAAGAAACAAAUUAUGAACUUUAUAGAAUUGGGUAUCAAUUAUACGAGACAUUUCCGAAAAUACGUGUCUCAAAUGAAAUAUAUGCAUUAUCACAAUGAAUCAAUCGAUAAUUGUGUGCAAUUCGCACAUAUAUUUCCUUUUAAUCCCUUUGAAAGAAGUAAUUCUGAAGAAGACAUGUAUUGUGAUCGAGAAUUCUCCAUAUUUUUUUUUUACAACGAUGAGCUUAAAAGCUUGCUUACACAUUCUUCACGAAGAACUAAUUGCGAUUUAACCAAAAGAUAUUAUUACGAGAAACUAUUUAACUAUGUAAAGAAUUCUAUUAUAAAAUUAGAGUUGCGUAAAUUUUCGACUUUAUCUAAUAAAGCGCAGCAUUUCGAAUGGAUUGCUUUUAAUGUAGUACAAACUUUACAAAUCCGAAAGGAUGUAACGUACGCUUACGUAGUAGAAUCUUUGGAUAAUAUCGCAUUAGAGGUACAAAAUUAUCUGAAAAAAGAGCAUCCAGAUCAUUCGAUAUUUUCGACGUCCGCUGAAACUUUUUCUUAUUGGAAAAACAAUAAUAUAGACGAUAAUUACUGGAACGAAGCGGAAGGAAUUCAGAUUAUCGAUGCAUUGGACGAAUACAUAUUUGGCAAAUUAAAUUUCCGACCGUGCAAAGUAGACGAUACAAAUCUGGAAUACAUGUGUAUAGAUAAUGUACUAAAAAGUAGAUAUGGACAACAAAUAAUUUUAUUAAUAAUAUAUCAAAGCGUGGCAAGAAGACUUGGUCUACGUUCCGACAUUGUGGCAUUUGGUGAUCGAUUUGAACUAUCUCACUAUAUAUAUUGGAAAUCCAGAUAUGGCACGAUUAAUCCGAGAAAUGAAAGAUGUUAUAGUUUAAUUUUUGGGAAAUUCCAAAAUUGUCGUGUCAAUAAACUACGGUAUCGAGAGUGGCUGUAUUUUAAUCGUAAUAAUCCUUUACCAUCUGAAAGCUUUGGUCGAGUAUCACCAUGUGAACUGCGAUACAAGAUACUGCUAAGAGUUGCGGAUUUGACAUACCACUAUAACAAUAUUUUUCAGAUUAGGCAGCGUAAUAAAAUUUAUUCAUUUCAUACAAGUAACUUUGAAAUCAAAGUAAUUUCUUUAAAAAGGACAAAGCAAUUCAUUAGAACAAAAGACGUAAAAUUUGCGGUAGGAAUGAUCGUAACACAUCGUGAUGAUUACAAUAAUUGCGACGGCGUCAUAAUCGGAUGGGAUCGUCAUACAGACAGACGUUAUGAAUUUUUGACACGUAAUUUCAAUAGCUCCAGAUGGCGAAAUGAUUCAAUACAAAUAGACUACUUGCCUUUGCAUCAUUGUGACAAUUAUCAAUUUACAAAGCAGCAAACAAAUUAUAUUAUUCUUACCAAUGAUAAUAAAAUAUGUUACACAAAUGAAGGUAAUCUCACUUUAGCAGCGCCGAAAUGUAUCGAUAAUUCCGAAAUUGGUCGCUAUUUUUGUAAAUUCGAAAAUACGCAUUACGUACCAAAUGAAAUGCUAACGAAACUUUACCCGGAAGACUCCGCUGUAAUUACAUAGAGGACAAAAUCUGCGAAUUAAUAUUAUGACUAACAUUAUGCAAUAUUUAGAAAAAAAAAUUUGAGAAAUUUUAUAUUUUAAGACUAAAUAUUAUAAAGUAGAAACUAUGACAUUAUUAUAGUGUAAAUUCUGUUACUAUAUAAAAUUUAUAUAAGCUUUAUAAAAUCACGCUAAUUUACUUUUUUAUGUAUUAUAUUAUAGAUUAUAGAUUAUAGAGCAAGAAAAGCGUGCGCUACGCAUGCGCCAUUUCUCAAUUUUAUAUUAACUUUUACUCUCUCUCUCUCUCUUUAAUACUUUCGAACUUGUCAAAAAUACAAUUUACCUAUAACAUUAGUUAUAUUUUUUUAGUAUUAAUUUUAUUAUUCUAAA